CACGCGCUUUAACGGCUUGAGCCGUUCUGUAUCUGUCUGUCUCUCUCUCUCUUCGCCCCUCCCGCCCCCGCUGUCCGGGAUCGCACAGCACUCGAGAACUCGCUUCUUCCAGGCAGAGACGCGCAGAGACGCGGAGGGACCGAGGAAGAACGGGGGGGCUAGACAGACAGACGGAGACCCCACUCCAUACACUCCACUUCACUAGCACUGACUCACCGGCGGUGGAGGCGAGCGGGUAGCGGAGACUCGUGAUCGCGGGAGCGGAGAUACUGAGUUUUGUGUUCUCUCGCACCGUCUUCCUUCUUGAUUUUUUCGCUGCUGCUGUACUACCGUUUAGCGGUCAGGAGUGACCGCUCGCGCGAGCUCGAGUCCGCCGGAGUGUUACCUAGUGCCCGUGCUGGAUUGUGCACGAGUGCGUGUGGGAGCAUCCCCACCAUCACCACCACCAUCAUCAUCAUCAUCAUCAUCAUCAUCCCCGUCCCGCGGAGGAGCGUCACCACCAACGUGCCGGCCGGCGCUCGGCCGCCCAUGGGACUGCCGACUGAGCCUGUGAGCUGCGCGCGUGUCACACUCGCCUGAAAGAACGAGCACCCGAAGUUGCGUGUGGGCGAUGGUCCGAAGAGCACACAGCAUAAUCUGGGGUUGAGCUUCAGGUCUGCUUCCCAGCGAACAUCAGGGCGGUCUUCUGGAGAGAAUAAGACCAGUAUCCUCAUCAGCAGGAAGGCACAGGAAGGCCAAAGUGCGGACCGACAGGAUGCGGGAGGGACUGGGCCUACAGGUGUUCCUGGUUUGCCUGGGCAUGGCUGUCUGUAGCCACGCCUCCAUGCCGCAGAACCAUGCCCACCAACGGGGGCUCUCGCUGCACAGGCACAAGGAAAGGGGCAAGGAGGGCCAGGUCCUUCACCGCUCCAAGAGGGGCUGGGUGUGGAACCAGUUCUUUGUUAUCGAAGAGUACACGGGCCCAGAUCCUGUUCUUGUGGGCCGGCUGCAUUCGGAUGUCGACACCGGAGACGGCAACAUCAAGUACAUCCUCUCGGGGGAGGGCGCAGGGACUAUUUUCGUCAUCGACGACAAGACAGGCAACAUCCACGCCACCAAGACUCUGGACCGUGAGGAGCAGGCCCAGUACACGCUGACAGCACAGGCGGUGGCGCGCGACACAAACAAGCCGCUGGAGCCGCCAUCUGAAUUCAUCGUCAAGGUCCAGGACAUCAAUGACAACCCGCCUGAAUUUCUCCACGGACCAUACUAUGCCAGCGUGCCAGAGAUGUCCAACGUGGGGACAUCAGUGAUGCAGGUGACAGCCACGGAUGCUGACGACCCCACAUACGGCAAUAGCGCCAGACUGGUCUACAGCAUCCUGCAGGGCCAACCAUACUUCUCCGUAGAGCCCCAGACAGGAAUCAUAAGGACUGCACUGCCCAACAUGGACCGGGAGGCACGGCAGGAGUAUGAUGUGGUCAUCCAGGCCAAAGACAUGGGGGGCCACAUGGGUGGUCUCUCAGGGACAACAGAGGUGAAGAUCACACUGACGGACGUCAAUGAUAACCCGCCGAAGUUUCCCCAAAGUGUGUACACCAUGUCUGUGUCGGAGGAUAAGGUUCCCGGUGAGGAGGUGGGCCGCCUGAAAGCCAAGGACCCUGACCUGGGUGAGAAUGGCCUAGUGCUAUACCGGCUGAUAGAGGGUGACGGAAUGAACAUGUUUGAGAUCAGCGUGGACUCAGAGACGCAGGAGGCCGUCAUCAAGCUAAAAAAGCCGGUGGACUUUGAAGCCAAGCGGACGUACACCCUGCGGGUGGAGGCAUCCAACAAAUUUGAGGACCCCCGCUUCAACGCCUGGGGACCCUACAAGGACACGGCUACAGUGAAGAUCAUGGUGGAGGAUGCUGAUGAGCCCCCUGCUUUCACCUCACCCAAUUACACCUUUGAGGUGGAGGAGAAUGCCCCCAACGGGACAGUGGUGGGCCGGGUGCACGCCCGGGAUACUGAUGUGGCUAAUAGUCCAAUCAGGUACAUGAUCCUUAGCUACACAGAUGUGGACCAGUUCUUCACCAUCGAUUCUGAGAAAGGGAUUAUUAAAACCACAAGACCCCUGGACCGCGAGACACAGUCGUGGCAUAACAUUUCGGUUAGCGCCGCUGAGAUAGGAGGACACCACCAAGAUGCCAAAGUCCGCGUCAACAUCAAGGUCAAGGACCUUAACGACAAUGCUCCCGAAUUUGCAGCUCAGAAUGAUGUCCUUGUCUGUGAAAAUGUGGCACCGGGCAAACUCAUCGAGACAGUCAGCGCUGUGGACAAGGACGAAAUGGCCCACCGGCAGCACUUCCGCUUCAGUAUCGCCCCUGAGGCAGCCAACAACCACAACUUCACACUCAAGGACAACCGAGACAGCACUGCCAGCAUCUUUGUCACCCGAAAGGGCUUCAGCCGGAUGACCCAGGACAUUUACUUCCUGCCCAUCGAGAUAAAUGACAACGGGGUCCCACCCAUGAGCAGCACCAACACACUGACCAUCCGUGUGUGCAGCUGCGACAGCAGGGACACCAUCCUUUCCUGCAAUGUUGAGCCAUUUAUCCUACCAGCAGGCCUCAGCACAGGAGCGCUGAUUGCCAUCCUGGCCUGCAUUGUCAUCCUGUUGGCCAUCGUGGUGCUCUUUGUAGCCUUGCGCAGGCAGAAGAAGGAGCCCCUCAUUGUCUUUGAGGAGGAGGACAUCAGAGAGAACAUAAUCACAUAUGACGAUGAGGGUGGCGGCGAGGAGGACACAGAGGCCUUUGACAUCGCUACUCUCCAGAACCCUGACGGUGCCAAUGGCUUCCUGCCGCGAAAGGACAUCAAACCUGAGCUGCAGUACCCGACCCGGCCCGGGACGCGCCCAGCAGCUAAUAGUGUUGAUGUGGAUGACUUCAUCAAGACGCGCAUCUCGGAUGCAGACAAUGACCCGACAGCACCACCCUACGACUCCAUCCAGAUCUACGGUUACGAGGGGCGGGGUUCGGUAGCCGGCUCGCUCAGCUCCUUGGAGACUGUUACUACGGACUCAGAUCUCGACUACGACUACCUCCAAAGCUGGGGGCCGCGCUUCAAGAAGCUGGCCGACCUCUACGGCACCAAAGACCCUGCCGAUGAUAACUCAUAACCCUCUCACACUCACCAUUGGAGGUUCACCUUCCAAGGCCUGCCCACAAUGGUGUACACCAUGUGGAGUUUGCUACGAGAAUACUGCGAGUUCAUCUAUUUAUGGUAAACUUUUUUCAUUUAAGCGUACUUGUAGUAUACUACAGUACAUACUUAAAUGGGGUUGAGUUUGAAACCAAGAUUUAGUGUGGAGUGAAAGCCAAAAGACAAAAAAAAGAUAAUAAGUUAAAAAAAAAACAAAAAAAGACAUCUGAGCAGUACUGGUAUGUAUGAAAAUGUAGACACGCGAGACAUUGUGGUAGUUACACUUUGCGUUUUGGUUACUCUGGGAGUGGCUUCAGCGAGGCGCAGCAAGAACAUGAAAGGGACAAGGAUUGCAGGAAGACACAGCAAAGCUGAUACUGUGAAGGAGCUCACUAUGGAUUAAAAAUGGUUGCCUUAUAUUAAAAAAAAAGAAAUAAAUCAAAUGAAAUACGAGAGUUAAAAGUCAAGUCAAAAUUGACUGCUUCGGUAGCACGUCCAUCUUCCAAACGGAGCAUCCUUUCUGACUUUUAGGUGUUCUUUUUUCCAUGACCAUGACACAACGGAUUAUAACAAAACGAGGAACCGUUUCCAGUGUUUUCUCGGAGUCCCCACUUCAGCCAAAUGAAGUAUCAAUCACAAGGAACAAGCUGUGAGCUCAAAAAUCGCCUUAAAUAAUGGACACUCUUGCAACGCAGUGCAUCUUUUGUAACUUGAAAUCUAUAUCCUAAAGCUAAAAUAUAACGUACAUAUAACGUAUGUACAGUACAAUGUGCAAAUGUCUCGAGGAUCAAACUUGCGCCUAUUAAUUCUUGUAAAUCUCUUUUUUAUUAUAAAAUGAUUAUGAUUAUGGUUAGAUUUCAGUUGUCUUUAUUUCUUUUCUCUUUACUGGUGUAUGUUUUUCUUCCCGGUGAGAAGAUACCAAUCUGUUCUGUCGCAGUGGGAGACGCCUAAUUUCUUAUGUCGAUUUUAUGGUACCUUUGUACAAUUUUAAAAGUUCUUAUUUUAGUAUACAUACAAAUAUCAGUAUUUCAACAUGUAAGAAAUGUUACAUCACACUUAUAUUUUAUGAACAUUGUACUGUUGCUUUAUUAUGUGCUUCAAUC